UUCCUCUUACAGAGCACAUCCUCGUCGGCUAAAAUCGCCAGUCGAACGGGAGCUCAAAGCCGGCGCGGACCGGGCAGGUACCAUGGGACCAGCGCAGGGCACCAUGGGAACUGUACUGUGGUUCACUCUGCUGUGGACGUCUGGAUGCGGCCACAGUCUCGCUGCUCAGGUGCUCAAGAGAAAUAUCUACUUCAGCUGUGCUCAAAGAGAACGCAUAACUCUGUCUGUACCAUCUGUAACAUCUGGAAGAGAGUUCAUUUGGGAGAGGACAUCACACCAACACAACAACAAAACUGUCAAAAUUGCAGUCAUUGAGUCCUCAAACGAAAAGCUUUCAUGGACCCACAUCGAUAAGUUCUUUAAAAAUGGCGAGGACUUUGAGAUCUCCAUGGAGCCUCUCUUCCAAAACGCAGGUGUUUUUUCUUUUUCACAAACAAGACCAGAGAAUGUUUUAAUUGCCAGAUAUGAAGUCUUCGCUUUAAAAGUGGAGCCGCCCCUGUGGUCCAGUUUCUCUCGAGGCGCGGACGUGAGCGCCAGCUGUACGGUGUCGCGUCUGCAGGAUUCAGCCACACUACGCUGGGAAAAAGAAGGACCUCACACUUCUAACACCACCCUUUCCCACAAAAACGCAGCCCACAUCAUCAUCCACAGCGCUGAUGAACACAGCGAGGGAAGGUACAGCUGCUCGCUCGAGCAGAACGGACUGCUUCUACACAACGUUAGCAAUACGCUCUCCGUCAGGAAAGAUACGUAUCAUACCUCGUAUAACCUGUACAGAGACAGCUCUGACAGCACCGAAGUCGUGUUCGUCUGCGCGUCUCCGAGCCACCACAGAACAGCUAGGUGGGCCUGGGUGCCAUUUUUUGAAGGAAAAACAAAAACUCUGGCAACAGUUGGGAAGGAAGGAAAGGUCAGGAUUUCUACGGAGAUUGACGGAGAGAGGUUCUCGUCGGAUGGUUACGACGGAAUACUUUUCCCCUUGAGGAUAUCGCCGGUGAUGUUUCAAGACGCUGGAAGAUAUUCAUGCUAUGUGGAUAACAGCUAUUUCAGCUAUAUAACACUGAUAACUCUUCAGGUGUCAGCAGAGCCCCCUGGUGGUCUGUCCAGGAAUCAGUCAGUUGUGCUGAACUGUGAGAUAUCACAGGUGAUCGGCUCUGUGACCCUGGCCUGGCUCCGGAUGAAGGGGGGCAGGGGGGAGCUCGUAAAGCAGGAGGUCCUGAGUGAGGGGCAUCCAGAAAAGAUGCUCAAUCUCACCCUACCCAUUCUGAGCAGAGACCAGCUGCACUGGGCCUGUGCGGUGUUCACAGAGAGCAUGCUCAGAACACAGGUCCCACUGCACCUUAGGCCACUGUCAGCACAGCCAGGAUGGAGCACUGAGACAGUGGUCAGGGUGGUGAUUGUAGUGCUGGCCACCCUGGGGAUGCUAAAGGUUCUUAUGUGGUACUGCAGGAGACGCCCAGCAAGUGAGCAGACUAGCACUGGGACACAAUAGCCAAGUGCUCAACAUUUUUCAGUUUUGAAUGAAGACAGCGGACCCUGGUACUGAAACCAACUGUUACAAUAUCCACAAUCUAAAUGGAUAUCCAUUGGCUGCUUGCAAGCUGCUAAGCAGAGUAAUUAUUUGUCCUCAUAACUUGUCAGAUAUGACACACUGUACACCUUAAGGCUUUAAGCCAAAGUAAGACAAGAGUAGUAGUGGCAUAUAAAUUUGUAGUUCUUAAUUUUGUCAGGUUGCUCUCAAUGAGCAACACAGGAAUUCAGGAAUGCAGAAUAAAAUGCACUGUAUUAUUUUAGAUUGCUUCCAAUUCGUGCAGUUUUUGUAUCUUUUUUAAAUAAUUUUUUAUUAUGUUUGGUAUCUGUAUAAUACCAGCUUGUCUUUAACUCUUUAUUCUUGAUGCUUUUGUUAGUUUAUCUCCUCUUGGUCGGAAAUAGUUCUGCAUAAAUUCUACUAAAAUCACAUCAAAAUAAAAUCAUAAUUCAUUUUC